AUGACCAUCCAACUACCGGACCCGGGAGACCCAGUUUUACCAGACCAGCCCAAAUACUCCCAGGAGGAGGUACAGCGGAUCAAGAAACUCCCCAUGGCCCAGGAGAUAAAGGGAUGGUGGUAUACACCUAACAAGGAGCUCGUGCUGCCAGACCAGCUCGGAGUCUCAGUAUUAGAGCACAUGCAUCGGUCUACUCACAUGGGGGCCCGAAAAUUAAAAGACUUAAUCCGACAUGCGGGCAUCAAGAUUCACCAACAGGACACCAAAAUAGAGCAAGUUGUAUCUGCCUGCAAGACCUGCCAACUCACCAACGCGAGAGCCACAUCAAAUAAAAAAGGAACCAGGCUCAGAGGCACCAGACAGGGAGCCCAAUGGGAGGUCGACUUCACUGAAGUUAAACCAGGAAAGUAUGGUUAUAAAUAUCUUUUAAUAUUUACAGACACCUUCUCUGGCUGGGUGGAGGCAUACCCAACCAAGCAUGAAAUGGCUCAGACGGUGGCUAAGAAGCUACUAGAAGACAUCUUACCCAGAGGGCUGCAGAGGGCGCACGAGGACAUUUGGCCGCGCCACCGUGCCAUCUACGCACCUGGCCCAACCCCGACACCUCAUCAGUACAGGCCGGGAGACUGGGUCUACAUCAAGAGGCACCACCGAGAGACCCUUGAGCCGCGCUGGAAGGGACCCUACAGCGUGGUGCUGACAACCCCCACCGCUCUCAAAGUAGACGGCAUCGCAACCUGGGUCCAUCACACCCACGUUCGGCCAGAGGACCCCUCCUGGAUCGGGAAGGAAUGGGCCGUCAAUCGGGACCAACACAACCCGCUCGAGGUCAAGUUACAGCGCAUUCGACCCACCUGAUAUUGGUUUCGCUGUUAACUCUGCUUGUCAUUGCUCAUGCUGCCGGGAGUCCCCACGGCCCCCAAAACAUUACCUGGCAGAUCAUAGACACCAGCUCAGGGACUGCGUGAGGGCCAUCCAACUAAUGGUCCUCCGUGCUCAGUACAAGCCCCUAAUAACAGGAGAGGACAAAAUAGAAAUGCAGCCGGUCCCAUGAUUGGGUCUGCAAGAUACAUGACAAGGGGGGAACGAAAGAACAGACCUAGGCCGGCCGACUCCAUCUUGUUCUGUAUCCUCCCCUUGAGUAACUUCCUGCUCACCUGUUCAAACUUCCCGAU